CACGUUCUACGUCUAUACCCGAAUCAACGCAAAAUGUUAUUUCAUGUGAACGAAGAGACCAACGCGCAUGCUUCUGGAUUGUCUGGAUUCGGGAUUCCAGCCCACCAUUUUGGGAAGGAAGGCUUCUUUUAUUAAAUCCUCAGUCAAACAUCGCGUCUCACAGCGUGAACUUUUCUCUCCGCGUUCGCAGAAAAUAAAAUAUGCCGACCGAUUAAAAGGAAGGUAGUACAAGUUAAAACACCUAACUGAAGAAUAGCCAAGAAAAGAAUAUUUUGCGGCUCUGCUUUGGUUUCAACAUCGAAAAAAAAUUAAAGUGGAACUUUUUCCGCGUUUAAUUUAGGUUUUAUUUAAUUAAUUUUUGUUCUGUCAAAACAAAUCGGUUACUAGAUUUAAAAUUAAACGACCUGGAUACAUCUUAAUUGUAAAGGUGUAGUUAAGUAUAAAAAUGAGUUGUAAUUUCUUUUGUUUUUCAAGUAAACAAGAGGCCUACCAAAUUGAGUGAGGAAAUCUGGGAUUUAACAGAUCCAACGGUUCAUCGAUUGGCGUUUAUCGAGAAAAAAGAAUACUUCGACAGCAUUCUCGGGCUAAUUUCCUCGUUGAAUCAUUCAACCGCGACUAAUUUACACAUCUUCAAGAGCAACGUCUCAAGAACUUUUUGAAUCGUUUGAAUCCUGAACGUAAUGAUGCCAGAGGAUGCCGUUAGUCAGUUCACAUACGACAGAGAAAACAAAUUAGGAAUGGGAGGAAACGGGGUCGUUUUCGAAGGAACAUGGAGGACGAACCUGGAGGAGACAAAGGUUGCCGUCAAGCGAAUUUUAAUAGAAAACAUCAACGCAAGGGAAGAGACCGCACUGCGACAAUGUCACCAUCCGAAUGUCAUUAAACUUCUUGGCAUUUAUAGCGACCAUAAAGAUUUCAAAUUUUUGGUGCUGGAAUUAUGUAAUGCAUCGCUGGAUCGGCUAUUUUGGGGAGAAAAGAACCCGAACAAAUAUCGUGGGCCCAUGCCCGCGACAAAAAAAGAUGUUUGUCUUCAGUUGGCCAAGGGAAUGGAACACAUUCAUGAACAGAGAUUGAUCCAUCGAGAUGUCAAACCGGGAAACGUCCUCAUCUGGGUGGAUUCCACUGGAGAAAGCGUCUUAAUGAAAUGGGCUGAUUUUGACUUAAGUAAACCAGUCAGUGAAAAUGGAAGUCAUUCUAUAAGUGGAUUAAGAGGAACAAAAGAUUGGUAUGCCCCUGAAAUAUAUCGGAUGCAAUCGGAAACAACUUCAACACAAUCGGAAGAAGGAGAAAAUGUAGAAAAUCCCAUUCGUCCAAGAGGAACGGUCAAGAGCGAUGUCUUUUCCGAAGGCCUCGUCUUUGGCUAUUAUCUAUUAGGCGGUAUCCAUCCUUUCCGUGGACGAUAUGAACAUGACACACAAAUCAACAUCAUAGAAAAUCGAUUCAAUCUAAACGGAAUAGAUGAGCACCAUCACAUCAUUCACAUGCACGAUAUCAUCAUGGACAUGUGGAACAGCGAUCCUGUAGAAAGGAUUUCAUCAUCCCAAGUCGUGGAAAGAAUCUCCAACAUUGAAGGAUGGCAAGAACCAAGUAUCCCCCCUUCCCCUUAAAAAAAAUUUUAAAACUUUUCAAUCCCCCUUUAAGAAAAGUGUUCAGUGCAGGAAAAGAGCCGAAAGAUGUGGAUGGAGGAAAAGAUUACAAACAAUUUGGGUUUUUCCGUGGGCAGUUCAAAGUGUCACACGUAAUAAAAACUUUCACGGUUUGGUUUCAUGGUCAUGCAGCAACGUAAUUAACGGGGAAUUAAUACUAAGUUUGUUUAUUUAUUUUUAGAAGGGGUUUAACGACCUAAAAUUCUGUGUUAAUGCUUAAUGGACUAACAUUUCGUUUAAAAAAUCACUAACCUACACAGUUUGGCCAAAAAAAAAAUUGCUGUAGCCACCCGGGACUAAACCUUUGCUAACUAUAUAUAACAGGUAAUUUUUGUAAUAACUUACUGCCAUAAUCAACAGAUUUUGAAUACAAUAAAGUAUUCUGGAAAAUAAUAAUCGAACUAAUAAUUGACAAAAAAAAACAUUUUCAAACCUACUGAAUGAUUAUAUGGUCAGUUAACUUUUACAAUGAUGCUAAUUGCUAAUGCUUAUUCCUAGUCAUCUGACGAAUAAUAAAAAAUACAUUUUAUUUACGUCAGAUUAUUCCUCGUCAUUUCAAAAACAAACCACGGAGAGCGCGAAACCUCGAAAAAGAUGCGUAAUACCUGAUCACUUCCGCCUAAAUUCGGUUUAAUUCGACAAAAUGGGACCCCACCCGAAACAGUUGGUUAUGGUCUUAUUAACCCAUUCGAAUAAUGUAACUAUUCUAUCACUUAGGCCCAUGUAAUAUAAAACAAACUGGAUAGGACACACGAAUUUGAAAUCAAGAUGCACUCUGCUGAUGAAA